UCCUCCAGCAGCUGUGCUGCUCGGGUCACCGUGCAGCCGCACUGCCAAGCACCUUGCAGCGCUCGGAGCCGGCACAGCCCCCGGAUCUGAGUACUUGGCCCUUCCCUGAGCGCUGCUCCCCGGCAGGACCCCGCUGUGCAGGAAUCAUGGAGCCCGGCGGCAUGUGGCUCUCGCUGCUCCUCCUCAGCCAAGGCAUUCUUCAUAAUUGCUGUGAAGCAUACAACGUUGGGCUCCCAGAAGCAAAAUUGUUUUCUGGUCCUUCAAGUGAGCAGUUUGGAUAUGCAGUUCAACAGUUUAUAAAUCAUCAAGGCAAAUGGCUGCUUGUUGGCUCGCCAUGGAGUGGGUAUCCAGCUAACAGAAUGGGAGAUAUCUACACAUGUCCUGUUGACUCACUUGAAAUCACAUGUAAAAAACUGAAUUUACAAACUUUAACACGCAUCCCAAAUGUUACUGAGAUAAAGGAACAGAUGAACCUUGGCUUGACACUAAUAAGAAACUCAAAAACUGGAGGAUUUUUGACUUGUGGUCCUUUGUGGGCCCAGCAGUGUGGAAGUCAGUACUAUGCAACGGGAGUCUGUUCUGAAAUCAGUCCAAGUUUCCAGAUCUUAAGAAGCUUUUCACCUGCUCUUCAAAACUGUUCCUCCUUCAUAGAUGUUGUUGUUGUGUGUGAUGAGUCAAACAGCAUUUAUCCGUGGACUGCAGUGAGUGCGUUUUUGACAAAAUUUGUCCAAGGCUUAGAUAUAGGCCCCACAAAAACUCAGGUGGGCUUAAUUCAGUAUGGUAAUGAUCCAAGGGUAGUGUUCAACUUGAAUACCUACAAAACAAAAGAUGAUGUUGUUAAAGCAACGUCACAGACCUUUCAAAAAGGAGGAGACUUGACUAAUACUUUCAAAGCAAUUGACUAUGCAAGACGUCAUGCUUUUUCCUCUGACUCUGGUGGACGGCCCACAGCCACAAAAGUAAUGGUCGUUGUGACAGAUGGUGAAUCACAUGAUGGCUCAAGUUUGAAAGAAGUGAUAACUAAAUGCAAUGAGGACAAAAUAACCAGAUUUGGCAUAGCUGUUUUGGGAUACUUAAUCAGAAAUGAACUCGAUACUAAAAAUUUAAUUAAAGAAAUCAAAGGAAUUGCGAGUCUUCCGACAGAAAAGUAUUUUUUUAACGUGUCAUCUGAGGCUGCACUAUUGGAAGAAGCAGGAACACUGGGAGAACGCAUAUUUAGCAUAGAAGGUACCGAUCAAGGUGAUACAUUCCAAAUGGAAAUGUCACAAGUGGGCUUCAGUGCGUAUUACUCACAAAAAAAGGAUGUUCUGAUGCUAGGUGCUGUUGGGGCUUAUGACUGGAGUGGGUCUGUAGUCCAGGAGACCUCAAAUCAAGUGACUACAUUCCCUAAUCAAGCAUUUGAAAAAACUCUACAAGACAGAAACCAUAGCUCGUAUUUAGGUUAUUCUGUCGCUAUUAUCUCAACCCAGAACACUGUCUAUUUUGUUGCUGGUGCACCAAGAUCAAACUACACUGGCAGAGUAGUGGUUUAUGACAUUGACAGCCAUGGCAGAGUCACAGUUGUUCAGUCCCAGAGAGGGGAUCAGAUUGGCUCCUACUUUGGCAGUGUGGUGUGUGCAGUGGAUGUUAACAGAGAUUCAGUUACAGAUGUGCUGCUAGUAGCUGCACCAAUGUUCAUGAAUGAGCUAAAGAAAGAAGAGGGAAGAGUUUAUAUGUUUUCCAUCACAAAGGGAAUUUUGAAUCAACAAGAACUCUUAGAAGGUCCACAAGGGUUAGAAAAUGCUCGAUUUGGAUCUGCUAUGGCGACCCUUUCAGAUAUUGAUUUGGAUGGUUUUAAUGAUGUGAUAAUAGGUGCACCUUUAGAAAAUCAGAACUCUGGAGCAGUUUACAUUUACAAUGGCAAUCUAAGGACUAUACGUACCAAAUAUUCACAGAAAAUUUUAGGAUCAAAUUCUGCUUUCGGACAACUACUCCAGUACUUUGGAAGAUCAGUAGAUGGCCAUAGAGACUUAAAUGGUGAUGGCAUUACUGAUGUAUCUGUUGGUGCCGAUGGAAAUGUGGUUCAACUCUGGUCACAAAGCAUUGCAAAUGUGUCCAUAAGAGCAUCAUUUGUACCUGAGAAAAUCAGUCUGCUGAAUAAGAACACUGAGAUAGCCGUCAAAAUAUGUUUCAGUGCCAAGUUUAGACCUGCUAAUAGAAAUAACCAAGUGGAUAUCAGAUACAAUGCAACACUGGAUGCUGAUCUUCAGUCAUCUAGAGUGACUUCUAGAGGGUUAUUCAAAGAAAACAAUGAGAGAUAUAUACAGAAAAAUAUUGUUGUAAGUUCUGCAGAGACCUGUGUUGAGCACAUCUUUAAUGUACAGGAGCCUUCUGAUGCUGUAAACUCCCUUAGUCUGCGCAUUGAUAUUAGCCUCAAGAAUCCUGGCUCCAGUCCUGUCCUCGAUAUAUAUUCACCUGCCACUGUGGCCUACAGUAUCCCUUUUGUUAAGGACUGUGGUGAGGACGAAGUCUGCAUUUCUGAUCUUGUUCUUGAGGUUCAACAGAAAACCGAUGAUGGCAAACGGCCCUUUAUUGUCAGCAGCAAGAACAGAAGGCUAACAUUCAGUGUGAAGCUGAGAAAUAAAAAAGAAAAUGCCUACAACACCAGAAUCCAGGCUACAUUUUCAGAAAACUUGUUUUUUGCUUCAUCUUCUUUACCAGCUGAUGGGACUGAAAUCUCGUGUCAGAUGGGCACUGGCCAUAAAUCAGUCAUUUGCCAAGUCAGCUAUCCUGUUUUUAAAGUGGGACAACAGGUAUAUUUCGAUAUUAAUUUUGACUUUAAUCUCAAAAAUCUUCAGGAUAUGGCAAAAAUAAGUUUUCAUGCUUUGAGUGAAAGUAAUGAAGAGCAAGAAGCAGACAACCAGGUCUACCUGUCAAUUCCUUUGCGGUAUGAUGCAGAAAUUCACUUAACAAGGCUUACCAACAUAAAUUUCUAUGAAGUAUAUUCUGAUCGUAAUAUUCCUUCCACUGUGAAUAAUUUUGAAGAGAUUGGUCCUGCGUUCAAUUUUUCAGUGAAGGUUACAACGGGAAGCAUUCCAGUAAAGGUGGCUUCUGUAAAAAUCCAUUUUCCACAGUUGACUAAAGGAAACAAUCCUCUGAUGUAUCUGACGGCACUGGAUACAGAUCAGGCUGGAGGUGUCAGUUGUGAUGCAAAGAUUAAUCCUUUGCAAAUAGGAAAAACAUCUUAUACUGCAUCUUUCAAGAAAGAAAACUUCAGAGCUGCAAAAGAACUAAACUGUAAGAAUACGCAUUGUAAUACAAUUACAUGCAGUCUGAAAGACCUCACACUGAAAGGAGAGUAUUUUGUAAAUGUGUCUACCAGAAUCUGGAAUGGGACCUUUGCAGCUUCAACUUUCCAGAUGUUACAGUUGACAGCAGAUGCAGAAAUUGAUACGCAUAACCCAGAAUUAUUUGUAAUUGGAGAGAAUACCCUAACUAUCCCAGUGACAAUAAUGAAGCCUGAGGAGAAAGCGGAGGUGCCCAUCGGAGUUGUGAUAGGAAGUAUACUGGCAGGACUACUAUUGCUGUUAGCGUUGGUUGCUGUUUUAUGGAAGCUUGGCUUCUUCAAGAGAAAAUAUGAAAAAAUGACAAAGGAUGUAGAAGAUAUUGACGAAAUUACAGAACUCACAAAGGACAAAGAUUGA